GGACCACGCGUGGAAGAUUAUUCAGCCGACAGUUGAGUGCGGAGGUAAAAGAAAGAGCGGUCGCUGAGGCAGAGUUCUCACGAUUUUGCUAUUGACUCUUCAUCUUCAUCUUUGCCACGACCGUACCUGAGAAGCUACACGUUGAUUGAUUUCUCAUAAUUUUUCUUAUACACUAGUUAACACGUACAACAAAAGAAAGAGACGCUGUUUUCUGGAUCAUUUCAAGGUUAUUAUUAAUUGAAAGCACAUCAAUGUGGGUUCUAGGCAAAUUGUUUGCUUGAACUGGGUGAUGCCGGAUCAAUUUUGUAAGCCAUGGGGGAGUGGGUCAUCGGAGCUUUUAUCAAUCUUUUUGGCAGCAUUGCUAUCAACUUUGGGACUAACCUUCUUAAAUUGGGUCAUAAUGAGAGAGAGAGGCAUUCCACGCAAGACAAUGUGGGAACAAGUGGGAAGGUUCCUGUGAAGCCUAUCAUAUAUUUCCAGACAUGGAGAGUUGGUAUUCUAUUUUUCUUUCUUGGGAAUUGCCUUAAUUUCAUUUCCUUUGGAUAUGCUGCUCAGUCGCUUCUUGCAGCCUUGGGAUCUAUUCAAUUUGUAUCAAACAUUGCAUUUGCUUACUUCGUGUUGAACAAAAUGGUCACUGUCAAAGUCCUAGUAGCCACAGCCUUUAUUGUUCUUGGAAAUAUAUUUCUUGUUGCUUUUGGCAACCAUCAGUCUCCUGUGUACACACCAGAGCAGUUGGCAGAGAAAUACAGCAAUAUGACAUUCCUCUUUUACUGUCUGGUAUUGAUACUUCUUGUUGCCUUGCACCACUACAUUUACAGGAGAGGAGAAAUUAUACUUGCCAUUUCAGGACAAGAUCUUAGACCUUAUUGGCAAAUGUUGCUUCCUUUCUCCUAUGCUGUAGUUUCGGGUGCGGUAGGAUCGUGCUCAGUAUUGUUUGCCAAAUCUCUCUCCAAUCUGUUAAGAUUGGCCAUGUCUAGUGAUUAUCAGCUGCACAGCUGGUUUACUUACUCCAUACUUCUUCUAUUUCUUAGUACAGCCGGAUUUUGGAUGACAAGGUUGAAUGAAGGAUUGGCACUCUUUGAUGCAAUUCUCAUUGUGCCGAUGUUUCAGAUUGUUUGGACUUUCUUUUCCAUUUGUACAGGAUUUGUAUAUUUUCAGGAAUACCAGGUAUUUGAUGCGCUAAGGACAACAAUGUUCAUACUAGGGAUGACAUCCGUAUUCGUUGGAAUUUCUCUGCUUGCACCAGAUGAGUCCAAAGGUGGAGAGGUCAAAGAUAAUGCAUCUUUGGUUCCAGUUGUGUCUUCAAGCAUUUCAAUUGAAACAGACAGGCUGGUCAUCUCAUCUGAAGAUGCACAAAAUAAAGAUCCGAGAUCAUACGCGCAAGCAAUGGUGAUAAAAAUUAAAGAGGUGUUAGCCAAGGCAAAGACUGCUUGUUCAUUAUCACUAGGUUUCGGAGAGGAUUCCAUCAAUGCAUCUGCUGUUCUUGUGAUGCCCAUGGUGUCUUCAAAAAUAACUGGCUUCAGAGGAACCGUCUUUGACCGACCUAAGUUUUUUUCCCUAAGAAAUUCUGGUUGGAGUAAGAUUUCAAUGGAUGAUGAUGGUGUAAAUGUAUUAGAAACAAACCCAGUGCUUCCUCAAACCCUUUGAUUGUAGUAGUACAAAUAGCAAACAACACUGCAAGUGCACCAGGAAGGAAUCGUUUUUUUAUUAUUAUUAUUAUUAUUUUUUGGAAAAAAAAAUGUCAUUGCUGUAAGGAGCACGCAUUGUUUAGAGGUUUAGGAUCAACUGAUUUUAUGUCAAGGAUGAAGCAUUCUUGUUAGCUUUGGAAAGGUGUUGGUGGCAUUAUUGUUGUAUAUACUUGCUCUCAUUUGAUUCAAUGAAAGAGCAUAGUUCUUUUUA